ACGUAGACUCGUAAUAAGACACCAGAAUGCCGAAGAUCGGAGUCAAAUUGCUCGCCUGGGGUAACGCUCACCCCCAUGGGGGGUUCCGCAUUUGGUGCUAACAGGGAUCGCCAAGAGCAGGAAGAAUGGUGUUUUGUGAAGGAUUGGCGUGAGUAGUCGAUACUGUCCUCUCAUUUGUCCCUACAAGCCUAGAAUCCCUGCCAUACUCCACGAUUCCAGCGCCAUGGUUCUCGAUGAGCCUUGUUUUCCCUCGGUUGCUGCUAAUUAUUUAUCAAGUGCAGCGCUUGGCAUGUCAGACGUGCCGGGUAUCUGGUCUGGUGCAGAGCCGUAUCGCCGGUUUCGGUACACGAUUUCCGGAUCCAUGGCCCUUUUGGUAGUAUAGCUUCAUGUAGCAUAUCCACGGAAACUCCAAUUCCUAGGCCAUGAUCUUGGUCUCGAACUGUUUGCCGGCCAGUUCUUCCAGCAACCAUCAUGUCACCACCAAGAUUCCCCUCCUUUGAUGAGCUGCCACUCGACACGUCCGGCCCGCCUGGCAACGCCUGGGGUCUCUGGGGGCCAGACGACGAGCUGGGCAGGCUCAAUCUCCUGACGCCCGAUGUCGUUGCCGCAGCUGCCUCGGAGAUCCAGGAAGGCGUCCGGAUCUCUCUUGACUGGCCUCUGAACAAACCAUCCUUCCCCACGUUUGGGAGACAGCCGUUUCACCACGAGAUCCUGAACAAGGCGCCCAUGACGAUGAAUGAUGAUGCCAUCAGCAUCAAUACGCAGAGUAGCACCCAGUGGGAUGGCUUUCGUCACUACGGGUAUCAACGCGCAAAGCAAUUCUACCAAGGACAUACUCAAGAUGAGUUUUCAAAUGACUCUGGCCCGAUCGGGAUUGACACCUUCUCCAACAGCGGAGGCAUCAUCGGUCGAGGCGUCCUCGUAGACUGGUACGGCUGGGCACAGAAGCAUGAAAUAUCCCGCUCCGCCUUUGAGACGGGGGCCAUCCAUCUCUCAGAAAUCAAAGCCAUUGUGGAGGAGAAUAGCAUCCAGCUGCGUCACGGCGACAUUUUGUUCAUCCGCACUGGCUUCACGGCGCAGUACAACGCCCUCUCGCCCGCGGAGCAGGCAAACCUGCCGAAUCGGCAACCGGGAGGUCUUCUCGGAUUCGAAGCCACGCGGGAUUCCAUGCGCUGGCUGUGGGAGAACCGAUUUGCGGCCGUGGCAUCAGACGCGAUGGGAUUCGAGCGUGGCCCGGCCACAGGACCGUACAACGACCCCGACCUGAGCGUGCAUCAGUGGGCGCUUGCUGGCUGGGGGAUGCCCAUUGGGGAGAUGUUCGACCUCGAGACGUUGGCAGAGAAAUGCGCUGCGAGAGGGCGAUGGUCGUUUUUCCUGUGUAGUGUGCCGCUCAAGAUACCUGGAGGCGUGGCAAGUCCUGGAAACGCCGUAGCCAUUCUGUAG